AUGGUUGUAUUUCUAUUCUUGCAGCUUGAGUUUGGCAGAUAUGGCAUCAGACUAUCCACUUUCGGAUUCAUAUUUGCAAUGUUUUCGGCUGCCUCAAUGAUUGGUUCUUUGUUGGUCGGCAAAAUAAUGAUCGUGUUUGGUAGAAAGAUCAUAUUGCUACUUGGAAUAUUCAUCAUGGGACUUUGAAUGGCACUUUUCUCAACAAUAAGCUAUCUUGAAGAUCCAUCAUUAGUUGUAUUCUUUUGCCUUGUGUCGAGAUUCGUACAAGGCUUUACUUCAAGUAUGAUCCAGACAACUUGAUACUCAAUUAUCUCUGUGAUUUACAAAGAAAAGAAGCAGCAGUACAUGGGAUACUACGAAGGGUCUCAAGGAUUCGGAUGGGCGAUAGGUCCAGCUAUCGGAGCCAUUCUUUACUCACUCUUCGGAUUUCAUUGGACGUUUUAUAUUCUUGGGGGUUCUAUGAUUUUGACGUGCCCCCUAAUGUACAUUCAAAUUCCAAACGCUAUCAAUGAAAAUGACAAUUUAGAGCAAAGUAUGAUAGACGAAGAAGUUGAACAAUUUGGCAAGUCUUCGUUAAUCGUCAAAGCAACCUAUUCAGAGUUAUUUAAAAGGAAAGUAUUUACAUUGUCUGCUGUUUGUGCAGGACUAUCUUAUUAUUCGUACUGUUAUUUUGAGCCAGUGCUUCCUACAAGACUUCAAGCUUUUAAUAUUUCUACUGCUGAAAUCCUCCUGUUUUUCUGUAUAUACCCAACCGGCUACUUAGCUUCAAGCUGGUUCCUUUCAUUCUUCACUGAUAGGUACGAUUCGAAGACUCUUAUUUUUGCAACAAUUUUCAUCUGAGGAUUAGCACAAUUCUUGAUUGGCCCAAGUUCGUUUUUGGCUGACAAUUUGAUACUGAUGGGAAUAGGCCAAUUCUUUUGUGGAAUGGCCAAUUUUUUCUUCUGUGUCCUUUCAUUACCCGUGAUGAUUCAUGAUGCUGAAGAGAGAUAUCCAGAACAAAAAAUUUAUGCAGCAGAUCUCUCCUCAGGUGUGUUUAACUUUUCAUUGGCUUUAUGACAAACUCUGAGCCCAAUCUAUGGUAGCUUCAUGACAGAGAGAAUAGGUUUCAGAAAUGUGGCUACUUCUAUUGGAGUCCUUCUGAUUGCAUACUCACUAAUCUACUACUUAUUCUGAGUUGUACGAACCAAGAAAAGUCAUGAAGAAAUUGAGUUGCAAGAGUCUAAGCUGGACACUUCACAAGAAAAUAUUAAGACAUAG